CUUGACCAACUCAUCCAGAUCACAGAUUCACUAGCUGUUCCUUGUACAUAGACGCUGCACACAAUAAUGCACACGACUCAUCCAUUUGAAGAACACCAGCAAAUACGUCGUCCACUGGGAUUCACAUCUUUCCCUUUUGGGAAUCCCCUCUUUCCCCACAAACGGCGCACCACGUUUUCCUCCCUCUCAUUCACUAGAACAAGAAGAGCGUGGUUGCAGUAGAGUACCGAGCUUGUCAUUUCUGUCAUCGUGCAGUCAGCAGGUGGAGGAGUUGCUCAGUUGACAGGGAGAGUCCAAGGAAGAGGAGCGGGAGGAGAGAGGGGAGACAAGGCAAGGCAGAGGAGGGCAGAGGGAGGCCUGAAAGCUUAGGCCACACCGAUUUGCCGCUAAGACCCGAGCCCACCACGAUCCGACUGAAUUACAGGCUGAAGGAGACCAGGUUCGCCCUUGAUACCCUUCAGUGUGUAUUGACAACCACACCAAAACAACACCUCCGAUCUCUCACAACCUCAUCCACGAUUUUUCCGUCUGAUCUAUUGUCGCUUGCGACAGUCCAGCUGUCAUUCCUCAGACAUCCACUUCCCACAUUGUCCGAUCUAGCCUUCCCGCACUUGUAUCCACAUCCCACAUCCUGUCGCGACCUCGCCAGCGACCACUCCCACUCCCUCCCACACCCGCGCCCAAUCCUUGCGGCCUUGUGGCAACCGAUUCGCACUUCUUCCAAGAUACGAUACCUCAACUCUGAUCACCAUCUUCAAGAACUCCAACUCCCGCGACGGCAAGACCUCAUUCCCUACCCGUUCUGGAUGGUUGCGCAUUCCGGAGGGCACCACCAUCAUCGACGCGACGACCGAUCUGAACAUUGCGCAUCGCACUGCACUGAGCCCCCCCUCCCUCGAUCCCCACAACUAUCAUCAUCUGCCUCGAGGCACCGACCACGAAACNCUGAACAUUGCGCAUCGCACUGCACUGAGCCCCCCCUCCCUCGAUCCCCACAACUAUCAUCAUCUGCCUCGAGGCACCGACCACGAAACCCCUACUUCGAGUCUGAGCACGUCAAGAAGCUGAACGGUCAGUCAUGGCCAACCACUCGCACUCUCAUGACUUUGCAGGACCGUCCUCCUCGCAGCAGCCAUUCUCGUCCCCCCAUCCGCAAGCGAUUCAAGCGACCUCCCCUCCUACAAAGCAAAACCUAAAGUCAUGGUGGGCCGGCUUCCGAAAAGAGGCAAAGAAAGUAGAGCCGCAGGGUAAUUACAAUUCAAGCCCCACUGUCCCUCCUGGCGAUGCGUUUACGCGCGAAAACUCCCCAUUCCUCUCACAGUCCCCUCGUACGCACCACGGCCAAUUUAGAGAGGGGAGCCUUGAUGAAGAGCGCUCGACCUCCAAGAGCUUCGUGACUGUUCAUCAUAGUGCUGGAGCUUUUGCGCAAAACGAGUCUGAGGAAGCUCUGAUUGCGCCAGCAGCGCCGCAUCAAAUGAUCACCCCGAGCAAAGUGCGAGGCAACACCUCCGUCAUCACUCCCACUGCCACUAGACAUGAUGAGAAGAACCCUCAUUUGGCUAGUGCCCAUCCCGUUCAAGAGAGCAGUGCAACCAGUGAUGCACCCAAGGGGACUGCAAUGCCGAAACACAAAGCUCGUCGUGUAUCAGGUCUCAUGGCUACUCUGAAGAAAUCAAAUAUGUGGGCGUCCAAAGCAAGAAAAAUUAAUGCUAACUCAGGACUAGAAACACAGAGCCCAGGCAUUUUCGGUGUACCUCUGCGCCAGAGCAUCACCUACGCGAACGUAGCCAUCUCACUUGUUGACGCCGAAGGAAAGAGCUACAUUUAUGGUUAUGUCCCAAUUGUAGUAGCGAAAUGUGGAGUGUACUUGAAAGAAAAAGGUAUAUGUCGCGCGUCAAGUGAAAAGAGCCGCGCUAACUGGCCUCAGCAACUAAUGUCGAGGGAAUUUUCCGACUGAGCGGAUCUGAAAAGCGCAUCAAGGAACUCAAGACCAUUUUCGAUUCCCCUGAGCGUUAUGGAAAGGGAUUGGACUGGGCUGGAUAUACGGUUCAUGAUGCGGCAAAUGUGUUGCGAAGAUAUUUGAACUUGCUUCCUGAGCCUAUUGUACCAUUGGAUCUCUAUGAUCGAUUUCGAGCACCACUCCGAGGCCACACGAUGCAAGCCGUAGGCGACACGGAAGGACCCCAGUUGUCGGAUGGAUUUGAUAUUGGUCAAGCUAUUACCAUAUAUCAGCAGCUGAUCACCGAGCUCCCUCCUCUCAACCGUCAGCUUUUGCUUUAUAUCCUCGAUUUGCUCGCCGUUUUCGCUUCCAAGUCCGACGAGAAUCGAAUGAACUCACAAAAUCUCGCAGCCAUCUUUCAACCAGGCAUGCUCUCACACCCCUCUCACGACAUGGCGCCGAGUGAGUAUCGUCUCAGUCAAGACGUACUAAUCUUCUUGAUUGAAAACCAAGAUCAUUUCCUCAUUGGGAUGAGAGGUACGGCGGCGGAUGAACAGACGGUUCAAGAGGUCCAGGCGGGCGCAACGCCACCAGGCACACCGCGAAACAAGGUCGCCAGAUCUGCAUCUAAUGCGAGCGCGGGUGCGGACAGCGUUCGAAAGUAUGGAGGCAUUCGUCGCAAUAUGUCCGUUUCGUCCAGACACUCACGACAAUCGAAUAAUGCACCCAGUCCCGCAAGUCCAGCGUUGACUCAUUCAAGUGGUGGUCUCAACAGAAGCAACACGGUGCCCUCGAAGCGAUCUCCAGGACCUGGCGCGGCUCAGUCUCGCUUGCAAAAGAACUCGGGUUCGCCAUCGCCAACCGGACCGUUGUUUACCAACACCAACCACGGAUCGGGACCAUCGGGACCAUCAAUGCCGAUGCCGCCUCGUGGAUUAUCUCCUUCCGCAAACGCCAGCCCAAACCGAAAUGUUUCUCCUUCGUCGGCUAUCACUCCAACUACUCCCAUUGGCAGAUCAAGCCUUGCCCCAUCUUCACACACGGAAUCGGUUGUCACGAGCCAAGAGAGACUGCUUGCGGAUCCCUCCUUGAGCGAGAGACCAGAAGUGGUAACACCGCAGAGAGAGAGAAAUUUAUCAAGUUUGUUCAACAGAUCGCCUACGGUUGAGGGUGAGAAGAAGCAGCCAAAUAAGUUGAAGAAGAAGAUGCCCGUCACUAGCGCCAACCCAAGUGCCCAAAGCUCAACAAACUCUCUUCAUGCUCCACCACACCAACUAACUCACACUGCUUCUCCUUCUAUGCACGCUUCCCAAGGACUCGGAGAUGUUACUGAUCGCCCUGUUUUGGAGACCAUCGUAUCCCAUGGCCCAGCCCCGAUGACUAAUGAUACCACUCCGCCUGCAACGCAAACACCACGCCCUGAAAAUCUAGCUGUCCACCCCCAUUUUAAGCGACCCGAGGAGCACUCCCAUGUAUCCGACAAGACCUUGAAGCCAACUUCGUCUCCUUCAUCUCUUCAUUCCCACUCAUCCUUCAAUGACCUCUAUGAUCAAUCCGAUGCCGACCAUGGUGAUGAAGCAGCAGGUGCCGCAGAGCAACGAGAGAAGCUUUCAAGAUGGAAGAGAUUGUCAAGACAUCGAGAAUCUUCCCAAAACUAUGGUCACACACUUAGCCCCAGAAAAGGGCUCGGUUCAGACGGAGGGGCAGCUGCGAGUACAAGUUCCGUUGGUAGUGCUUCUCGUCCAGCCCGAAAGAGCUUCACCAGCGAGUGGGCACCUGUCGGUUCCGACUCUACCUUUGUAGGCACGCACUCACAACCAAGUAACGAUAGCGGAUCUGCUUCUGGCGCUUGUAACGAAGAGAAGAAGGGACCUCUGCUUUGGAUCAAGAACAAAAUGCGAGAGAAGCGAGAAGAGACUAAGGAGAAAGAGGCAGAGAAGGAGAGAAACAAGAGCCCACCUGCUUCAACUGAAAGACUACACUCGAUGGGAACUCCGAGAGAAAAGAGUAUGGAUCUAAACCGCGAGGAAGCUCCUGAAAAAUUCGCACAAGAACCCCGCCUUCCACAAUCGCCCCCUCAACAAUUUCAACAACCUCGUCAAUCUCGUCAACUUCCACACAUGACCACUCAGCAAAUUCUUGACCCUCCAUACGUUAAGGAACCUGAAGGGUAACGUUCGAAAAGGGGCUUCCACUUGUUGAAAGAAAAUGAAAAUGUUGUGUUGAUAUGGGUGAUAAAAGCUUUGAAUUGUGAAUCUUCUUGUGUUUUUAUGGAGUCUGGCGAAUAAUCGAACGCAUGGAGAAGGAAAGGACGAGUGCGGUUUUACUGGAAAAUGUUUGUGGAUCUGGCUCUGGCUCUUAGGAUUGAGUGCUCUUUUUUUCUCUUUUUCUUUUUUGCUUUUUUGUUUUAUUUUGAUUUUUCGAAGAUCGGAUACCCAGGGAAUGUGUUUUUCUUUUUUCUUUUUCUACUUCUUCUCUAUGAUCAUGGUCUUGACUAAUUAGAUAAAUGGGGCUUUCUUCUCUGUUUAUCUAUUUCAGGAUCAGUGGGAAGUGAGAAGAUUUGGUGUGCAUGUAGGGAUUUCGUGGUAGGAUGGGACAGACAAUGAUUGAAAUGUGAGGAAAGGUGGUGGUUUGUAUGGAUGGCGACAUCGAGAGGCAGAGGAGUAAGACGGGAUGGAGUAGGGGAUAGUGAACAAGAAGCAGAGAGAUGAGAUGCAGAUAAGAUGAGAUGAGAUGAGAUGAGAGAAGAGAAAACCAUUCGUUUGAGUAUAGUAACAGUACAGGAAUAUCAAGGACACUUUGGUUUCACACUGACUUUUAUAUUGAACACUUUACAUUUUUCUUACGAGCUUUCUCAUGUUUAUAUCAAUUAUGUUCAUCCGUUUUCCAUUUUUGGUUGAUGAUUGAGGGUCAAAUGGGU